GUAAACCACCUUGCGUACGGAAAUAUGGCAGCCUCAGCGACUACUGUCCUACCGGUGUAUAUUGUUAAUAUUUUAUCGAAAGAGCAAUAAAUACGUUUAGAAACGAGGGAGAUAGAAACGACGAGCUUGCUAGUUGCACAUGUUGAGAAGGAGCUGCGAAAACGCCCAAGCAACACACUGGUUGGCUCGAGAAGUUUGGAGUAUGCGCCUUGGUUAAAGUGCCUGGGUCGGUGUGCACGGGAGAGGAACUCCGCAAGACAGAAAGAGUGGACACGAAGUUUGAAUUGGAAUUGAAUACUAAGAGUUGGGGGGACACUGGACACUUCGGCAAACCUUUAUUAAUGUUGUCAAUAUUGAGUCAAACGAGACGACGAAGUACACCGUCCGAAGUUAGAACUGGUUAUUAGUAGGUUGACUGUUCCGAUGUUAAUUUCCAGGGUCUCGCGCUGCAUACCACCAUCUAGCCAGUAAGGCUAGCUCCAUCGUUAGCUGGAGCUAGUUCGCUAGCUAGUAUUCCAACAAAAAAAAUGUUGCACAGCCAUUCUUGCGUCUUCAUUGCUACUAAAUAACAUUAUUCCGUUGUCAGAAAUUGUAUUCAAAUACAGAGCGUGUUUAAACCAUUUACAUUUGCUUUCAGGUGAAUGAGUAAUGCCAACGUUAGUUAGCUAGUUAAGUUUCCCAUGAUUUUUCCUCAAACACAUUUUAUCCCGCGGUAGUGUCUUGUCAUGCGUGAUUGUGGCCUGAAAAACACUGCGAGAUGUCCAGAUGACAGCAAAAUGUUAGCUGAAUGUCAAAUAUACAAUCAGUCAUGUCAAAUCAGUGGAUUGUAUGGUGCUGAAAAUCAAUACGUUUGUUGACCAAAUAUGGGACGUAGGCCUACAUUAUAUUAUUACAUGCUGGAUGAAUGUAUGCCAUCAUAAUUAGGCCUUAGAUCUUCAUGAAUGUGUCUUGAUUGGGGCUCCUCCAGUAUCCUAUGUGACUGCCUGUGUCUGUUAAAUAAAACACAAGUGCCAUAAGAGACCAGAUCUCAUCUGACAGUAAGACUUUACCAAAGCAGUCAAUGCAUGAUCAAGAGGGUGGAAUCAGUGAGAAGGACUUGCCGGUCUAUUUGCCGUUGCAUUGACCCCCAUCAAAACCCCCUGGAUUGGUGUCAGCGGUGGGAUGCUGAAGUGAACAUCUGGAGAGGCCAAACUGACUGAGGGAAAUCGCACCACGGAGGUGGUCCCUGCUCUCCAUCCCCUGCCCACCAGGUGCCCCGGACCCAGGCACUGAGAGAGCCCAGUUUGGAGACCCGGCUGCGGCCUGGCACCCUGCCCUUAUGGGGCAGCAGCCGGGGAAGUUUGUUGGGGACCAGAGGAGACCGAGUCUGCCGACGCUGCACUUCAUCAAGGGUGGGAAGAGAGAGUCAUCACGACAUGGGGCCCAUCACUGUAACGUCUUCGCUGUGCAUGAAGCUCUCCAGAGACCAGACUUUGAGCCCCAGGGUCUGACCGAAGCGGCCCGUUGGAACUCCAAAGAGAACCUGUUGGCCGGACCCAGCGAGAAUGACCCCAACCUUUUUGUUGCGCUAUACGACUUUGUGGCCAGUGGGGACAACACUCUCAGCAUAACUAAAGGAGAGAAGCUGCGAGUCCUGGGUUAUAACCAUAAUGGGGAGUGGUGCGAGGCGCAGACCAACCACGGCCAGGGCUGGGUGCCCAGUAACUACAUCACCCCGGUCAACAGCCUGGAGAAGCACAGCUGGUACCAUGGGCCUGUGUCGCGCAACGCUGCUGAGUACCUGCUCAGCUCGGGCAUCAACGGCAGCUUCCUGGUCAGGGAGAGCGAGAGCAGCCCCGGGCAGAGGUCUAUCUCACUGCGCUACGAGGGACGCGUCUACCAUUACAGGAUCAACACGGCCUCCGACGGGAAGCUAUAUGUGUCGUCUGAGAGUCGAUUCAACACCCUGGCAGAGCUGGUUCACCACCACUCCACGGUAGCCGAUGGCCUCAUCACCACGCUGCACUACCCGGCGCCCAAACGCAACAAGCCCACCAUCUACGGCGUGUCGCCCAACUACGACAAGUGGGAGAUGGAGCGCACCGACAUCACCAUGAAGCACAAGCUGGGCGGGGGCCAGUACGGAGAGGUCUACGAGGGGGUCUGGAAGAAGUACAGCCUCACCGUGGCCGUCAAGACCCUCAAGGAGGACACCAUGGAGGUGGAGGAGUUCCUAAAGGAGGCUGCUGUCAUGAAGGAGAUCAAACACCCCAACCUGGUACAGCUACUGGGCGUGUGCACGCGGGAGCCCCCGUUCUACAUCAUCACAGAGUUCAUGACCCAUGGCAACCUGCUGGACUACCUGAGGGAGUGUAACAGGGAGGAGGUGAAUGCUGUGGUGCUGCUCCACAUGGCCACGCAGAUCUCCUCCGCCAUGGAGUACCUGGAGAGGAAGAACUUCAUCCACAGGGACCUGGCAGCCCGUAACUGUCUGGUGGGGGAGAACCACCUGGUGAAGGUGGCAGACUUCGGGCUGAGCAGGCUGAUGACGGGGGACACGUACACGGCCCACGCUGGGGCCAAGUUCCCCAUCAAGUGGACCGCCCCGGAGAGCCUGGCCUACAACAAGUUCUCCAUCAAAUCUGACGUCUGGGCGUUCGGAGUGUUGCUGUGGGAGAUCGCCACCUAUGGGAUGUCUCCGUACCCUGGCAUAGACCUCUCCCAGGUGUAUGAGCUCCUAGAGAAGGACUACCGCAUGGACCGGCCGGAGGGCUGCCCAGAGAAGGUCUACCAGCUCAUGAGGGCCUGCUGGAAGUGGAACCCUACCGAGCGGCCCUCCUUUGCUGAGACCCACCAGGCCUUUGAGACCAUGUUUCAGGAGUCCAGCAUCUCUGAUGAGGUGGAGAAGGAGUUGGGUAAGAAAGGGAAGAAGGUGGUGCUGGGCCCCAUGCAGCAGGCUCCACAACUGCCCACCAAGACCAGGACCCUCCGUAGGAACGUGGACCGAGAUGGAGACAGCCCUGACGCCGUGGAGCCGGAGGUGGCCGUGUCCCCCAUGCUCCCAAGGAAAGAGCGUCCGUUCCUGGACAGCAACCUGAACGAGGACGACCGCCUGCUACCCAAAGACAAGGACAAGUCCCGCAACAGCCUCUUCAACCUCAUCAAGAAGAAGAAGAAGACAGCGCCUGCCCCGCCCAAACGCAGCAGCUCUUUCAGGGAGAUGGACGGACACCCGGAGAGACGGGGGCUGGCGCCCGACCACCGAGACAACGACUUUAACAACGGCUCCUUCAGUGAUACACAUACCAACGAUCCCAACAAGGUUCUGGGUGCUAACAACAACGGGGCAGGGGGUAUUACCAAUGGGGCGCCCACCUACCCGGGCCCCCUGUUCCCCCCGCAUCAUGCCAGGAAGAAGUGUACGCCGGUGGUGCCCAGUGUAAGUGGUAAGACUGCCACCACUCCACCCAGCGAGGAGGAUAUAGUAUCUAACUCGAAACGUUUCCUGCGCUCCUCCUCGGCCUCCAGCAUGUCCCCAGGCUCGGAUCGCACUGAGUGGAAGUCGGUCACGCUGCCCCGUGACCUGCACAAAGGCCAUUUUGACUCGGGCACCUUCGGGGGGAAGCCCGCCCUGCCCCGCAAGAGGGCCAACGAGAAGCCAGAGAUCAGCAUCCCUCGCAUGGGCACCCUCACCCCCCCACCCCGCCUGCCCAAGAAGACAGAGGAUCCAUCAGAUGAGGUGUUUAAGGAUGCGGAGUCCAGCCCCCAGACCCUGACGCCCAAGCUUAGUAGGAGGCUUCCAGGGCAGGGGCUAGACAGCUCCAAGACCAGCGCCCUGCAGGCCGAGCUGCUCAAGCCCAACGUGUUUCCCACUCUGGGGGCAGCUGGGGACGAGUGCAGGGCCCGCCGCCACAAACACAACCUGGACUCCUCCGGUCCCAGGGAGAGAGGAAAGUUCCAGAAGCCCAAGCCUGCUCCCCCUCCACCCCCGCCCUCCAGUGCCAAGUCAGGCAAGAUCUCCCGCAGCCCCACUCAGGAGCUCCCCUCUCCCACAGACACCAAAGCCAAGGCCUCAGACUCCCACAACCCAUCCAGCCCCAGUGACCAAGCUCGCUCUCUCCUGGAGGGCCACAAGAAACUCAGCCUCAGCACCUCCUCUAAACCACAGCCGUCAAAGACCUCCUCUUCCUCAGUGUCUGGCUCCACCUCCAGCCCCCUGGGUUUCUCCUCCCCAGGAGACCAGACCUCUCCCACAGCCUUCAUCCCCCUCAUGAACACCCGACGCUCCCUGAGGAAGACGCGUGCGCCCCCAGAGCGCCAGCCCAACUCUGCCAUCACCAGGGAGAUGGUUCUGGAGGGCACAGAGCUGCUGCGCACUGCCAUCGGACGCAACUCUGAGCAGACAGGCAGCCACAGCGCCGUGCUGGAGGCGGGCAAGAACCUGUCCAAGUACUGCGUGAGCUACGUGGAGUCCAUCCAGCAGAUGAGGAACAAGUUUGCCUUCCGCGAGGCCAUCAACAAGCUGGAGAGCAGUCUGCGCGAGCUGCAGAUCUGCCCUGCUGCCACUGGGGGUGCCAGCGGAGCGCAGCAGGACUUCAGCAAGCUGCUCUCGUCUGUCAAAGAGAUCAGUGACAUCGUUCAGAGGUAGCGGAGAGGAGGCCACACUGACUGGAAGAAAAAGCAGAACUUUAAUGAACCUAACCUCCCCCCUUCUCUCUCACUGCAUGUAAUGUUCCAUAGUCGUGUCUCCUACACUGUGGUCAUGCUGAACUCACGUUGAGGUGGAGCACAGGGCAUGCUACAGUGCCACUGGACAGUUUGAGCAUGAUGCACACUUUGGAGAAAUAGAUUUUAUGCAGCCUUACAGGAUGUCGGAGGACACUUCAAACACUAAAGACUGUGGUUACCAUGCUCAGAAUCAAAGGAACAUUCAGAUUUUCGAUGAGUUUUUCCUCAUGUGUUUUGUCUGAAAGCCUUAACUAUAAAUGCAAGUUCAAUUUGGCCUUAACCAGAGGCCUGGGCCCAAUUCUGCAUCACGUCACCUUUUCAUUAAUCAUUUUCUAUAUGAUCAUGUCUUUUUUUAUGACACUAUAGACAAAAAGCAUAUCACAUUCUUUCCUUUACUGGCAGAGUUGCGAAUGUGCCACAAACUUAAAGCCUCAUAUGGCUUAGGAUGCCUUCCAGUUCUGUGGAGACAAACAGCCAAAGCGUACACACGUCUUGUUUCCAUCCAGAAAUAAUGGGGAGUGUCUGGAAGUGCACAUUGUCUCUCCACCUCAUUUACCUUUUUCCCCCUCAGCUUGCGACAUCACCCUUCAUGGCAGAUCUCUGUGGUGUGAUAUGACUGUGUCAGUAUUGACUGAAUGGAUGCUAGUAGCAGUAAUGCAGCACUGUGCCAUAGAGGAAAGAAGCAAAGUGAGCUGGAAGACUACCUGGGAACAUUUGUUUCUGUGCACAGGAUCUGAAUAGAGUGCCUUAAAAACACUAUCAAUGUAACUCCCAAAGCCAAACUAAAACAGAGCAAUAUGGCCUUAUAAAUAUUUAUGUGGAUGAGGAAAAUAGUAAUGUUUCUCCUUCAGGCACAUGAUUGUCAUAUUCCAUACUGAACACUACUGGAGAGGGACCAGGGAACUCCAACUUAACUCUGAUGGAUCUGAAUGUUGUUUCCAUCUUGUCCGACCAUUUUAUUACAUUCAACACACACCACUUACAAACCUCACAAAAGCCUUCUGUAGUUGGAUGGACAUCAUGUUUUAAUGUAUGGAGGACGCAUCACUUGCUUUGUCUUACGAGAAAUGACCAGAUAUACAGUGAGAAACUGACCAUUGUUCAUUAUGGGACAGUUAUUUCUUACCAAACCAAUGAAAUGCCACUGUGUAGUCAGGGGGUGACUAAGAUAUUCCUAUGUGUUUUCUACUUUAAAUAAUGUAUUUCUUUUCAGUAUUAGUUUGUGCUGUUCCCCACACCCUUGCCCUGACUGACUGCGAUGCCUGAGGACGACAUCAACCUGCCUUUACUUCACGGUACUGUUCAUGUAUUUUUUUAUUCCCCCCUCCAUAAAAAUCAUGCCACUACUUAGAUUUCUUUUUUUGUGUCCGAGCCACCUCACAAUUUUGUAGACUUAUUUUGCUCUCCUUUGUAAAUACAUAUUUUCUUUCUCCCUGUAACCUUGGUGCAAUUUGUUGCAUUAAAAUGCAAAGCAAUUUUGCUACUUGAAACCCA